ACAACUCUUCAAGCUUUUCAAGAAAAAAUAAACGACAUCUAUAUCGAAUAUGCAAACCAGUAUAACAUUGACGAGGGAGAGUACCAUCUCGAUAUUAUUUAUGACAGGAAAAAUGCAACUGUUAAAAUCAAUAGAAUAGAAGACCUUGGAGAAAACGUUUAUAUUUCUACAAAAUAUAACAACUUGGCAUGGUAUAGAUUUAUGAGGAUGUUAAAUCAGCCUGCAGAAUAUCCAGUACACCCGGACUUUUAUGAAGUCGAAAACCCUAAUGGAACAUAUGAAAAUGUUUUCGACUCAGAUGCUAUUAUAGUUCAUGCUUCAUUUUCUGGUGCACAAAACUCUUUUUUAUGCUUGGCAAAUGACUUUUACGAAAAACCUACAAAGCUAUAUGAACCACCAAGUGGAAGUAUUUCAGACUUUCAAGUAUGGUUUACAACAGAUGGAAGAAAGAGAAUAAUUCCAUUAUACCAUGCGUUUUACUUAGAACUUAGUUUCAUAUACAACUACUAUCGAACGGUAAAAAUAUAA